AUGGAGAAACUGGAACUUUUGUUCUCAAGGGUAUUUGUGAUCCUGCUUUUGCAAUUUUCUCGUUUUGAGUACCACAUGCAGAAGAGUCCUUGCCAUAUAGAAAGAGCUUACAGUCCCAUAUAUAGAAAAGAAGGGGACUUAGUCAUAGGGGGCUUCUUCUCCUUAUAACUAAAGUUAGUGCAACUAAAUGACAAGGUUUUCUUCCAAAGUCCUCCAACUUGGACUGCUCCAUCUACACAGGUAUUUCUCAAACAUUACCAACAUUUUCUUGUUCUCCAAUUUGCCGUGGAUGAGAUCAACAAGAAUCCCCAUUUGCUGCCGAACAUAACGUUGGGUUAUCAUUUGCUCAAUAACUUCCAUCAUGACAGACUAGCAGUGGAGAGCUCCUUGAUAUGGCUGUCAGGGAGGGGUCCAGCCAUCCCAAACUACAGUUGUGACAGGCAACCCAAUUCAGUGGCUGUCAUUGGAGGGAUGUCAUCCACACUGUCCAUGUCCAUGGCCACCAUUCUCAAACUUUACAAAGUUCCACAGAUCACCUAUGGCUUAUUUGAUCUUCUCCUGACUGAUAAGGUCCAGUAUCCAUAUGUCUAUCAGAUGGGCAGCAGGGAAUCCACUCUUCACCUUGCAUUCAUCCAACUGAUGCUCCAUUUUGGCUGGACUUGGGUGGGACUGGUUCUUUCAGACAACAUGAGAGGGGAAAAUUUCUUCAGUCAUCUGAAAGAGGAGAUGGACAAGAAUGGUCUGUGUGUGGCUUUUAAGGAAAGUGUGCCCCCAAACUUCAAAGGUGAUGAAUAUUAUAGACUCUCUUCUAGGAUCACUGCAUCAUCAUCAAAUGUGAUUUUCGUCUAUGGAGAUACAGACUCCCUUCAAGAACUGGCUAUUGCAUUCAUUGCUUAUGUACUUCAUGGGAAGACGUUGGUUGCCACCACUGCUUGGGAUUUUUCUUUUGAUAGUAAUUUGGAACUGCUUACCCAUUUUCAUGGUACAUUACUAUUUUCUUCUUCCCAGAUGGAGAUUCCUGGUUUCACAGAUUUUGUAAGAAGCCUGAAUCCCAGUGUAAACUCUGAGGACAUUUUCCUAAGGACUUUCUUUGAAUCACUCCUUAAAUGUAGAUUUUCAGAAAAAAGUCAUGUACAAAUGUUAGAUACUAUGUGCCCAGAAGGUGUUUCCUGGGCAGAUUUACCUUUUAUAAAUUUUGAUAAGAUCAUUAUGGAACUGAGUUCUAAUGUCUACAAUGCAGUAUAUUUAGUGGCUCAUGCUCUCCACGAAAUGCUCCAGUCUGAGGCAAAAGAGACAUUACAACUUGGAAGUAACCCAGAUCUUUCUUGGAUGCUUCACCACUUCCUGAAGUGCCCCAGUCCUAUUAAUCGUGGCAGUGAUGAGUCAUGUGGAGAUGGAACCAGGAUGGCUGCUGAGACAUAUGAUAUCCUGAAUUAUAAAUACUUCCCUGUUCGGAUUGAGAUACUGGUAAAAGUUGGUGAAGUGAUCCCUCAUAAUCAGGUAUUUGGCAUUAACGAAGAAGACAUUGAUUGGCCAAAAGAUUUCUCUCAGACUCCAACUUCCAUGUGCAGUCUGAGCUGUGGCCCUGGAUUCAAGAAAACAGUCCAUGAAAGUCAACCUAUCUGCUGCUUUGAGUGCACCCCAUGCCCUGAAGGGCAGAUUUCCAACCAGACAGAUGCAGAGCAAUGUCUGCAGUGCCCUGAAGAUCAGUACCCAAGCAGGGAGAGACAUCGAUGCCUCCCCAAGACUGUGACCUUCCUGGCCUAUGAAGAACCUCUUGGAAUGACCCUGGCCUGUGCAGCUCUCUGCUUCUCCCUCCUCACUGCUCUGGUCCUUGGACUCUUUGUGAAGCACAAAGACACCCCCAUAGUCAAAGCCAAUAACCGCAGUCUCAGCUACACUCUUCUGGGCUCCCUCAGCCUCUGCUUCCUCUGCCCCUUGCUCUUCAUUGGCCGUCCUAACACCGCCACUUGUCUCCUGCGACAAACCAUAUUUGCAGUGGUGUUUACAGUGGCCAUUGCCUCCGUUUUAGCUAAAACCAUCACUGUGGUUCUAGCCUUCAAGGCCACAAAGCCAGGCAGCAAGCUCGGGAGGUGGCUGGGCUCUACAACCUCUUAUUCUCUCAUUUUUACCUGUACUCUAAUCCAAACGUGUCUCUGUGGCAUCUGGCUUGGGACCUAUCCCCCAUUCCUGGAGACAGAUAUAUACUCUGAGCCUGCCUUCAUUGUCAUUCAGUGCAAUGAGGGCUCCAUCCUUACCUUCUACUGUGUCCUCGGCUACAUGGCCUUGCUGGCCUUUGGGAGCUUCACAGUGGCUUUCUUGGCCAGGAACCUGCCAGACACUUUCAAUGAAGCCAAGUUCCUGACUUUUAGCAUGCUUGUAUUCUGCAGUGUGUGGAUAACCUUCUUGCCCACAUAUCAGAGCACCAAAGGGAAAGCCAUGGUGGCCGUGGAAGUCUUUUCCAUCUUGGCCUCCAGUGCUGGGAUUCUGACUUGCAUCUUUGUUCCCAAGUGCUAUGUGAUCCUUCUGAGGUCAGACAGAAAUACCCUGGAGAUAGUGAAAAUCAAAGCUAAUCUCUGUGGAGCUAGAUCUUCUCAAAUUCUUCCUCACCAAUCAUUUUGA